CCCGCCUUCGGAGCCCGAGGAUUGGGUGGGCGGGUGUGAUGUCACGAGCCCCACGUCAGCGGGGACCAGCCAAUCAGAAGCUUGGCGUAUUUUACAAACCGGGGAAGCCGCUGCAGCAGCCGCAGCCGCAGCCGCAGCAGAAGCAGAAACCCAGAAAGUCGGCGAAGACCCUGAGAAAGUCGAGGUGACCCCGAGGGCCUCCUGGAAUGCCGCCAUGACUACCCUCCAAACCAGUAAAGAUCCCCACUUCCGAGGUGUAUCUCCCAACCCUAGCAAGAUUCCAGUACUCUCCCAAAGAUGCCCAGAUUUUCCCUCAGUCAAGUCGCGCUCUCUGGACCAGGAGAACCAAGAUCCCAGGACACCAGCACAGAAGCCACUGCUCAGUACUCGACGUCCACUCACUGACACAGCAGGCCUCAGAUUAAAAACCUUGCGCCAGACCGAAAAAUCACAAAGAUUGAGGACCACUCAGCCGAGGAACCCCCUGGAGGAACUCAAACCUAGCUCUGGGGGAUCAAAUGUGGGGCUUGUGACCCAUCCCCUGACAGAGGCCACUACAGGGGCUAUAGAGUUUGUGGCUGACCCUGCAGCCCUGGCCACCAUCCUGUCAGGUGAGGGAGUGAAGAGCUUUCCCCAGGGGUACCGGUCCAGUCUGGCUCAGAGAGUGCUAGUCCGUGAGAAAAAGGGAGGCACCACCCAGAGGGGCCAGAGUGCACGGUCUUCCGCAUACCUGGCUCCCAGAAUCUCCAGCCAUCAAGCAGCUUCUGCCAGGGCUUCCUGCUUCUCAAGACUGGAGGGCCCAGGCCUCCGGGACCGCACAUCGUCCCCACAGAGGUUAGAGGCUCUGCAGAGUCCACCUUCAGGUUCCUCUCAGUCUUCCACUCGCCCCAGUUUACAAGAGCUAAGAAGAGAGACCUGUGGCAGCAACAGGGGCGGGCACUGUACUGACAGCAGGACCUCAGCAAGCCAGGCCUCCAGACUACUCCUGAAGACCCCCGUGCAGCCUGCUUCCUUACCUCUCAGAGGAGAACAUGAGGCUGUCCCUCACUCAGAUGGAGGAGGAAGACCCCAUGUGGGUCUGGCUCAGCGAGUACCAUUAAAAGAAAGUCUAACACACACCAGGACCACAACAUAUUCAUCCAUGAAAUGCUUUACCAUGCGACGGAAAACCCAGUUCACACCCCUCCGAUCACUACCUAGAGUUCAGCAGGCCCAGUGGCCAAGUGGCCUCUCCCCUCAUCCCUCCCCUGAAGAGCCUGCCCUGCCCUGGGAGCAGAUUGCUGUGAAGUUGUUUGACCAUGAGAGUUGCAUCACCUUGCAGAAGGGACCCGGGAAACAAUCUGGGGCAAACACUUCUGGACCUCCCCCCAAGAGAACCCCUAGCCACCAGGAGCUGAGGAUGCAGCGCAUCAAUAUUUUGCAGCAGCUCUUGCAACAGGAGGUAGAGAGUCUGGCAAUGGGCAGCUGUGCCCCUCUGCAUGGAGGCGCUGCUUUAGAUAUGACUGAACUUCAGCCCCCGAUGGCUGAAAUUUCUAGAACUCUGAAUGCUCCAGAACACAAUUCUGGAGCUUCCCUUCUUGGACUGUCAAAACAUUCUGGUGUGACAGAGCCCCUCCUUGCAGAAGAGUGUGAGGAGCCACAGUCCCACCUUGCAGAAAAGCAUGGGGAACCACAGGCCUGCCCUAGGGAGGAGACUAAGGUGGCCCAGCCCCACUCUACCACAGAACUAAAGCCCCCAGUGCCACCCAGAGCUGAGCUGGAGCCACCGGAGCCUUUCCUUCCAGCGCUGUCUGGACCCCCUCUGCCUAGCUGUCGGGCACAGACGGAGCCCCCUGAGGCCUGCCCUAGGACAGAGCUGGGAGCAUGUGGAGUUUCCUACGCUGUGGAAGCUGGAACCCCAGAGUCCAGCCCACAGCUCUGUUGCAGUCAGGGCCCUCCAGCAACCACCAGCUUGAUCUUCUCGUCACAAAGCCCAGUCUGUGCCAGUCCCCAGCUCCACUCACUCCACUCUUUGCGAUCCCCAACAGGCCAUUCAGGCCCCAGCAGUUUGGUCCCUCGGACCCUGGCUCUGAGGCAGCGCCUCAGGGCGUGUCUCACCGCCAUCCACUGCUUUCAUGAGGCUCGCCUGGAUGAUGAAUGCGCCUUCUACACUAGCCGAGCCCCACCUCCGGGACCCACCCGGGUCUGCACCAACCCCGUGGCCACAACGCUUGAAUGGCAAGAUGCCCUGCAUUUCGUUCCGGUUGGCCCUGUGGUCCCACAGGAGUCUCCGUCGUGACUCUGGCCUUUCCUGGGCUUCGUCUCAGCUGCACUUACCCCUUCCUUUAGCCUUAUUUAUUGUUGACCUGCCCAUUGGACUGGGAGCCAACAGCUUUCAUCCUUUAAUAAAGUUUCUAUAAAUUGUG